AUGCAACUCCAGAACCAUCGAUUGGACGGGGCAUAUGUCGGAGAUCCUGGAGAAAAAGCUGGUUCCGCGGCCAGGCGUUAUCAGGCCCCCGGUUUCACUGCCUUCUCGCGUUUCCCCCUCACUCUCUUUGCUCGAAUCCCACGCCCCCUAAAGGCCCGAAAGUCACAGAUCAUACCUGGUCCGUCGAAUGGCAUCUUUCUAAUCCGCGAGAACCGUCCGCCGAGAGAUUUACGAGCGGGGAUAGAUCGCUCUUGGUCUUGGCUUUCUUUCGGCAUUGCUUUCCGCCCUUUGGCCCAUAUAAACCAGGCUGGAAACCUGGAAACUUUUCGCGGGUGGACCACGGCAGAUCCGAACACCCACCGGCUGUCUUUCUCCCCCAUCCUCGGCACUCUCUUCGAGGAACAUCCCAUUCUCAGCGCCCUAUCGAAACGACGCAUCGACAACACCGUAAAGAUGAGCUCGACGAGCGGCAACUACGGUUCCGUCACCAACUCGGCUCCGGUCGUGAACGGCGACUCGCAUGCCCACGCCGAUGAAGAGCAACCCCUUCUUGGCGGCGGAGGCGGCGCCCGGAAACCAGCUUCCAAGUCUCUGCGAAAGAAGCUCACCACAGACGUGCAGCGCGACUGGGCCGACCUGGUUCUCCUGGCAUGCUACAUCAUCACCGGCCUACUCGACAGCUCUUCCAUCUCCAUCUGGGGCUCUUUUGUGUCUAUGCAAACAGGAAACACAGUCUACAUCGGCCUCGGCCUCGCCGCGCCCACCGAAUCCACCCGCUGGAUCAAAUCCGCCACCUCGCUCAUCUCAUUCUGUCUAGGCUCGUUCUUCUUCAGCCGAUUCCACCGCUUCUUCUCCCCCAAGAAGCGCUGGGUCCUCUGCGCGUCCUUCAUCGCCCAGACCCUCCUCUGCGUCGCCGCCGCCGUCAUCCUGACCGUUGGUCCUGCGGCCGGCAAGGACGAGAUCGCCUGGAACGUCCUGGUGCCUAUCGCCCUCAUCGCCUUCCAGAGCUGCGGUCAGGCUGUCACCAGCCGCGCGCUGAAGUAUAACGCGCUCACCAGCGUUGUAUUGACAAGUAUCUACUGCGACCUUUUCUCUGACGCUGAGCUUUUUAGCGUUCACAAUGCUGAGCGGAACCGAAGAGUUGGCGCGCCUGUAUUGCUUCUUGUUGGUGCCAUUUGCGGCGGCUUGUUUGCGCACAGUUCCCUGGGAAUUGCUGGCGCUCUGUGGACGGCCGCUUUCUUGAAGUUCCUCAUCGUCUUGUCGUGGUUCUUCUGGCCGGGUGAACCGACUUCGGACGAAGAGUAG